AUGGCGGAGGGUAGUUUUACAGGAACAUCGAAGCUUAACGAGAAUGUGCCUGAGAUUAACUUUGCACGUGCUCAAAGAGAUGAUGUGGAAGAUGAAGUAGCAAAAUAUUUAUUAAGAAAACAAACAAGAAAGGAUAUUAAUUCCUACGAUUUACCGCCGUCGGUGAUUAAAUUUGAUAAUCAACGUGAUAAUUCGAGUAUUUAUUUAAUUGGAACUGCACAUUUUAGUAAAGAGAGCUGCAGGGAAGUGGAAGAGUUAAUUCGUGCAGUACAACCUGAUGUCGUUAUGAUAGAACUGUGCAGAAGCAGAGCAAGUAUUGCUACAAUUAGUGAGAAACGCUUGAUAGAUGAAGCAGAGAAUAUGGAUCUUAGGAAAGUGCGAUCGGUAAUUUCUCAGAAUGGUGUUCUCAGUGGAAUUGUGCAUUUAUUGUUUAUUAAUUUGACUGCCAGUAUAACCAAGCAAUUAGGAGUUGCACCCGGAUGCGAGUUUCGUGCUGCAGUUAAAGAGGCAUCAUAA